AUGUCUUCCAAGCAUGCUGACAUUUACGAUCACACUGUCUUAUUACUGGAUGAAAUGGUGGUGUCUGUUCUGCCAAACAGUCAGUCCAAAUGGCCCACUGUGGUUGCCGAGGGCGAAGGGCAAGGGCCCUUGAUUAAAUUAGAACUUAUGAUCAGUGAGCCGUGUCAGAAGUCCAAGAGGAAGAGCGUUCUUGCUGUGGGUAAAGGAAACGUCAAGGUCAAAUUUGAACCAAAUUUGGACGAGCAUCAAGGAGGCACCAAUGAUAUCGAGAGCAUAAAUCGGGAGUAUAAAGGCCACCUCAGUAAUUCCAUAGAACGUGAAGGAAACCAGGAGAGGGCAGUUCAGGAGUGGUUCCAACAUGGUACAUCUGUUGGCCAAGAGGAAAGUACCAACAAAAGCACAACCCCCCAGUCUCCCAGGGAAGGGAAGGAUAAGAAGCUGCUCAGGAGCGGUGGUCCGAAUGCCUUCACCAGCUUCCCCACUCGAGGGAAGCUACCAGAGCCCAGUGACCCUGGUGACCUGACAGUGACCUCCAGGGGGCUGACGGACCUGGAGAUCGGCAUGUACGCCCUGCUCUGCGUCUUCUGCCUGGCCAUCCUGGUCUUCCUCAUCAACUGUGUGGUGUUUGCUUGGAAAUACAGACACAAAAGUUUUGCCGUGAGCGAGCAAGGUAACACCCCCCAUUCCCACGACUGGGUCUGGCUGGGGAACGAAGUGGAGCUGCUGGAGAACCCCGUGGACAUCACCCUCCCGUCGGACGAGUGCACAACCGUGAUCGACAGGGGGCUGCCGUUCGAGGAGAGGAACUUCCUUCUCAACGGCAGCUCCCAGAAGGCUUUCCACAGCCAACUCCUCAGACCUUCUGACUAUGUCUGUGAGAAAGACAUUAAAACCGACCCUAUAAAUCCUUCGGGCCCAAAGAGGAAGAGAGUCAAGUUUACUUCCUACACCACCAUUCUCCCUGAGGACGGCGGCCCGUACACCAACUCCAUCCUGUUCGACAGCGAUGACAACAUCAAGUGGGUCUGCCAGGACAUGGGGCUGGGGGACUCCCAGGACUUCAGGGACUACAUGGAAAGACUGCAGGACCAGAUGUGAACUGCUUUCUUACGUUCGUAUUCACCUUUAUGCCUUCUGUUUCUUGAAUGGUGGAGCAGUGAGCUUGAUCAGCAAUAGGGGAUGAUUUGACAAAGCUCCAUUGGUGGAGGUCUGGUGGGAUCCUUUCUAAGCAAGUAGCA